UCCACUGAUGCAUGAAGUCCCAGAGCACCAAGGCAGCAGCACAGACAGUUCGGCAAGCAGUUUGGGAAGUUCUGUCACAGCAUGUAAGAAGAUUCUCUGCAGUAACAGUCUGCUAGAAUCAACAGACUACUGGCUGCAGAAUCAGAGGACACCAUGCCAAAUUGGCUUUCUGGAAGACAAGUCAGAAAGCAACUGUGCCUCAGUUUGUUUUGUGAACUUAGAUGCAAACAGAGAUGACUGUAGCGACGAGCAAGUGAAACAGAGGUUGAUCAGUGUCUCUCCAAACCUCCCCAAACUCAUCAGUUCAAUGAACGUACAGCCACCAAAGGAAAAUGAAAUAGUCCUGCUGAGUGGAUUAGCAUCAGGAAACCUUCAGGCCGAUUAUGAAGUUUCCCAGUGUCCUUGGCUGGCAGAUGUCUGCUUGGUUCAGUGUGCAAGGGGGGACAGGAAAAACAGUGCAAGCUGCAUCAUUUUUGAAAUAAACAAGUUUCUGAUUGGACUUGAGCUCGUUCAGGAGAGACAGCUGCAGAUAGAAACCCACGUCUUAAAGCCUGAGGAUGACACAAACUGCUCAGUGUCCUCAAUAGAAGAAGAUUUCCUCACAGCAUCUGAGCACCUCGAGGAUGACAAUGAGGCUGAUGAAUAUAAAACUGGUCAUGAAAAAUUAAGUGUUUCAGAAGCAUCUUCAGAUGUUAAAAAAAAUAAAGGAAAGGGACUUGAAAAUCUCCACUACAGAAAAGCCAGGCUGCCACUCAUUCUUGAGGGGAACUGCAUUAAUAAAGAUAGUGCAGCUACUGGAGUCUCUGAAGCUGUAAAUGUUGUGUCUGAAGAUGGCAUCUUACAGCCUCAAGAUAAGUCAGACCAGGAAAUACUCUGGCAAAAGGAAUUAGCUGGAAGAGCUACGUCAUCCUUUAGUACUACUAAUUUGACUAGUGAUGUUGAAAAUUCCUGCUCAGCGCACACGUUAGAAGAUGUCUCUUUAACCAAAAUGGCUAAAGAGGAGCUGGGGCCUCUGUAUGACCCAACAGCAAAACACGACAGUAAGACAGAGGGAGAGGAUUAUGCGGGUAUCAGGAAAACUGAUCUUCCCUCACAAAAUGAGCGGGUGACUACAGGUCAGUAUGCCACAAAUUUAGCAGAAUCUGUUCUGCAAGAUGCGUUCAUUAGACUGUCACAAUCUCAACCCACUUUUAAUGAGGAGGCUGCAGUCAGCAUCUCCGUAGGAACCUCCUGUAAGACAGAAGACGUAUCUGCUUCCCAAUCAUGGAAUGAACUUCCAAAGAUUGUCAUAGUGCAAAGUCCAGACAGUUGUGAGAAUAUACCUGACUGGCCAGGGCCUGUCUUCCCCAACCUGUGCCACUGGAACGAAUCAGAAAGUUCUGCUGAAGUUUCGGAUUACUUUGAGGAAGAACAUUCGAACGGACAUGGCCAGAGCGCACUGGAAGUGGCGCUGGCUUGUGCAGCAACUGUUAUUGGAACCAUUUCCAGUCCCCAGGCUGCAGAAAAAUUCCGAUGGGAUCAAGAAGCCACAGACUCUAAAAGCGGAGUGGUUGAUAAUGAAGAUCUACACACAGCAUCUUCACAGCUACUUGACGACUAUGCUGGCACAGAAUAUUCAUUUCCAUCUGCGCUGUGUGGCAUGACUCAAGUAGCAAGUGCCGUAGCCGUCUGUGGUCUGGGGGAAACAAAGGAAGAGAAGUAUCCUGCAACUUCGAGUGGACUUCUGUCUGCUGCUCAGACUUCGGCAGCCAUUACUCUUCAUUGUAGCAUAGCGAUAGGAAGCAGCAUGGAGAAACUAAAUGAUAGCAUUGCAGAGGCACUUCUCAAAGAGGCAUCAAUAAUUUUGACAAAACCCAACACAUACAAAAAUGUAGGGCAUUUUAUGGAAUCCAUAAAUGGAAAAAUUAUUGAAACAGCAGCAAGGCCGCGGAUUCCACACACUGGUGAAGUAAUCAGGGAUGAACUUGCGCAAAACUUAUCCAAUAUUAUUCUACGACAUUCUAUUGAAGAGGUCAGGAAGAAGAGACAGCUACAUCCCCCUUCAGAAAAUGGCUCAAGUACACAAGACAUUUUCACGGAGACUGCAAACGAGUUACUUUUUAAUGUAAUAUAUUUCACUUGCAAGAAGAUGAAUGACAUAAGACAAGUUGAAGAGUGUUCUCCUCUCUUUUCUGAGGGCACAAAAGCAGAGAAAGUAACAAGAGCAGAGGGAUGGUCAACACAGGCAACAGCAUGUGGAACUUCACACAGCCCACUUGAUCACUCUGCUGUCAAGCCACUUGGUACAUUCUGCAGCACUAGCAAAGAUCCUGGAAACCUCACAAACACUAGGAAAAGUAAUAUGAAAGAUGUAAAUAGCAAGGAAAGUGCCACACUGAAUUCAGAACCAACAAGUAGAGCUACAGGACCUAGCACACUUGUUGCAAAAACAUCUCCCAAGAAAAGGUACCUGAAAAGAACUGCGCGAGACUGUAACAAAUCCCCAAAUCAAGGUAACAAUCAUCAGAAGAAGAAAGACUACAGAUCAUUUUCAGACAGAGAAAAUACCUUUGCAAGCAAUGAAUGCAGGCAUGGUGUUCAAGAACAGCUGUCUUCCAGUGCCACCAUGAACGCAGAAAACCAGGCCAAGCAGAAGUGUGAGGCUGUGCUAAAUAAUGAUGUUCAGGUUAGCUUGUCUUUAUUAGGAAAUCAUGUCUUGCUUCCUUCUCAGCCUGUGCUACAAGUGAAACAUUCAAGGGAUAAAUAUUGUAUAGCAGAUUUUGCAGAAGAAUUGGCAGAAACAGUUGUCUCUAUGGCAACAGAAAUAGCUGCCAUUUGUCUUGAAAAUUCAAAUGGAAAGCAACCCUGGUUCUGUGCAUGGAAGAGAGGCAAUGAAUAUCUGGUGACCCAGGGUUUAUCAUGCAGAACCAUGAAAAGGAAAAAGGAAACCCAUGCUAAUGGUUCAGUUGUUCGGAAGCACAGGGCACCUAGACUUAGCGAGAUCAAAAGAAAAACAGAUGAGCAUCCUGAGCUAAAGGAAAGACUGAUGAAUCGGGUAGUAGAUGAAUCUAUAAACCUUGAGGACACACCAGAUUCAGUCAAUAUCUUUGCAAAUGAAGUGGCUGCCAAGAUCAUGAACCUCACUGAACUCUCCAUGGUUGAUAGCAUCUGGCAAGGUCCAAACCACCCCAGGAACAGGUUGCACUGUGAAAGAUGGAGCCGAGCCAAGGCCUCAAGCUGCGAGAGCAUACCGGAGGAGGACUCAGAUUCCAAAGCCUCUUUCAAUACCCUAGGCCUAAUGAACACCUUUGGUCAGCCUGUGAGCCAGACAAGUUCUGUCUCAAAGCAGUCUAGUUGUGAAAGCAUUACAGAUGAAUUUUCAAGAUUUAUGGUGAACCAGAUGGAAAAUGAAGGAAGAGGGUUUGAUUUAUUACUGGAUUACUAUGCAGGAAAAAAUGCAAACAACAUCUUAACUUCUGCUUUGCAACAGGUAGCCAAGAAAAAUGGUCAUCUUAAUGUAAGACCAAGUUGCCCAUCCAAACAGUCCAGCACAGAAAGCAUCACAGAAGAAUUUUAUAGAUAUAUGCUAAGAGAAAUAGAAAAAGAAAAUAAAGAUAACCUAUCUUCCCCUCGGAAUUCAAAGGACUGGUGCAGCAGUUUGCUACCACCCUCUCUACGAUCACCUUUUUGCUUUAGGCAAUCGUCAGUUCCUGACAGCAGAUUGUCAGGCUCUAGGCUAACAGUUAAUGUCCCGGUUAAGGCAAAGUCAUUAGAUGGAUUUGCUCACCAUCACCAAGAUUCCUUAAGUGUACAGCCAGUCAGUACCGUGGCUUCUGCAGGUCUUUGCAAGUCUGACUCAUGCCUGUACCAAAGAUGCAAGACUGACCAGAUUACAGAUAUGUUGAUUCACGAGACAUGGGCAAGUUCUAUUGAAUCUCUUAUGCGCAAGAACAAAAUCAUAGCGGAUGAGGCAGAGGCAGACCAGUUUCAUAGUGAUUCCCCACCGCAUGUGGAACAAUAUGCAAACAGACUGGCUGCAAAUAUUGUUGAAAGUGGUAAAAAUCUAAUUGUUGUCCAGCAGGAUUCCUUUGAUUAUACAAGCCGAGAACAUGUGCUGGAAAGCAAACAUCCCCAAAGCGCAACUCAGAUUCAAUCAAAACCCAAAAGAGAUGGAGUAAAUUUGGAUAAGAAAAAAGAGCACAUGAAGAGCCCUGGAUGCCUCCCUGCAGGUCAGCACAGGGAAGUGCCUUUAAUUCAGAUAGAAACCGAUCAACGAGAUGAGCCAGAUAAAGACUCUGAGUCCCUAACUUCAUGUGACCCUUCUGGAAAGGAACUUCAAAGCAAAGAAAAACCUCCAGAAGCUUUUGAUGGGAAACACGCUGUUUCUAGUUCCCUGCUAAAUAGCUGGGUUGACUUUAAUGAGCAGCAUUGCCUGAAGAUGGGUAGCACCACUUUGUUUGCCUAUAUUAUAAUAUUGCUGUGCCUUCCUUAUCAUCCUACCAGCAAUAGUCCUCAGAGCAGACCAGAUGCUGAAAUCAUAGGAGAGACAAAAACAGCUGAAGAAUUUCCAAACCAUCUCAGCAGCAGUGAAGAAAGCACUGGCAGCUGGUCCCAGCUAGCUAACGAUGAGGACAACCCCGACGACACAAGUAGCUACUUACAACUCAGCGAGCGAUCCCUGAGUGAAUUAGUAGAAGAAAAGGUUUUCCUUAAAGAACAGGCAGAAAAUACAGAGGAAAGUACUUCUGGGCUUUCAGUGGGAACAGCCAAUUGUCAAAAGAACCUACUGGUGAUAAACUUUGAUCUGGAACCAGAAUGCCCUGAUGCGGAGCUGCGAGCCACCCUGCAGUGGAUAGCCGCUUCUGAACUUGGAAUUCCAACCAUCUAUUUUAAGAAAUCUCAGGAAAACAGAAUCGAAAAGUUUUUAGAUGUCGUGCAAUUGGUUCAACGGAAGUCCUGGAAAGUGGGGGAUAUCUUUCAUGCCGUGGUGCAGUACUGCAAGCUCAGUGAGGAGGGCAGAGAGAUGACACCAAGCCUGUUUGAUUGGCUUCUCGAAUUAGGUUAA